AUGAGCGACCCUCCUCGAACCAGCCCUCCAGAACGUAAGGGUCGCUCUCGUGAACGCAAUGUCAACCUCCUCAAAUACUAUGGUAUCAGUGGAUCAGCUGCAGGAGACAAUCGCCAGCCUCUGGAUAUUGACAGCGACACAUUUGAGCCCAACAAGUAUUUUUCUCGGUUACUCAAGGAGAAGACGUUGAGUGGUCUUAUCAAACGCGAUAAUGAGCUGGUGGCAGAGAUUCGCGAGAUUGACGGUGAUAUGAAAACGUUGGUGUAUGAGAACUACAGCAAGUUUAUUAGUGCCACUGAUACGAUUCGUAAGAUGAAGUCCAACGUCGAGAGCAUGGAAUCAGAGAUGAGUCGGCUCAACGAUAGCAUGAACAGCAUCACCCAGCAGUGCACCAAUAUCACCAAUGCCCUUGGUCCAAAUCGAGAAAAGAUUCAGCGUCUUACCAAUGUUCACAACCUCCUCAAGAGAUUGCAAUUUAUCUUUGAGCUACCGGAUCGUCUUGGGCGGUGUCUAGCGAAUGGUCAUUAUGCACAAGCUGUCAAGUACUACACAAAGGCAAAACGACUCCUCAAUCAUUAUCAGCACCUGGCAGCAUUUAAAGGCAUUGAACGUGACUCCGAGGCUAUCAUCAAUAAGAUCAGGGAUGAGAUUUGGAAGAAUGCAAAGCAACCGGACAGGAAAUUGGAUGACAUGGCAGAAGAUAUGCGUCUUCUUUUGCUUCUACAAGAGGAUCCACCCAAGUUAUGGAAGGAAUAUCUUGAUGUGCAAGUGGCAAGGCUUCAUACAUGUGAUGCAAAUGGCGUGGAUACGGUGGAUGAGCUCACAUCAAAAGCACUCAUGCCUCUCGAGGAUACUGUCAAGCACUUUGAAUCACUCUUCCUGAAACCUGUGUCGACCGAAGAAGAAGCAUCUAUACCAUAUGAUAAGGAUCAGGCUAAGAGUGACCUUAUGCAAGCUAUUACACCACACAUAGACGCAUUUUUCCAUAAGGCUUCUGAGUACACAAAAUUACAGACAACUAGCAUGAAUGGACAACAAACGUUGGAUCAGAUCAAGCAUUUACACAACCUUACAGCCUCAGUAUCUGAAAACGCAAGUGCAUUGGUGCGGCUGGCCGCUAUCGACAAGAGAAUGCAGACACUUAUGGAUGAGCGUGAAUCAGGAUUUAUUGAUGGUUUAAUGUUUACGUCGGUGGAUCAACUAAAAGCACGGAUGACCCGACUGGAUGGUUUCAGCUUGGAUACAAUUGAGGGAAUCAGUACAAACAAGAACGCACUCAAUGAUUUCAUCUACGACACUGCAUCAUGGCUCAUACAACAUAUCGAAAACGAAUGUUUGGGAUCACUACGCAACAUGUUGGAGACGUUGACCCCUGAUAGCCAGCCGAAUUUCUUGGUGCACGUACGCCAAAGCGUUGAAAGAAUGUGGCAAUCAUUGCUUGACACUAUUUCGGGUAGCAAAUUGGAUAAUGACAAUGCUGUCAAAUUGAUCGUUGGCUCCCGCUUAUGCUAUGAUUUGGCCGAGCAUAUCAUCCCUGAAGUAUACAGCAACCUCCCUAGAAAGGAUACAGCAGCAGCAGCAAAUGAUGAUGAUGAUGAUUCAAGGGAGGACGCGCAUAACAUGAUGGAGCAGUACAUACACAAAGGUCAAAGCUUGUUGAAUAAGCAAACGAUGCAAGAAGGAUUUCGAUUGACAUUGCUGAUACAAAACGAGUAUCUUCGAGGGGAUCGAUUGGAUGGCAAGCCUGAACAUGUGUCGCAAGCUUGGGUGGAUGCAUUUGAAAGAGUGCGAUACAUUGAGCAAUUGGUUGAAACCGUUUAUCCGCAAACACCUUCACCAGAGGGCAAUGGUGGUGCCGGCGGUGGCGGUGGUGGUGGCGGUACUGAAAUGUCAGAUAUGGAUUAUGAAUAUCGCUUUGGAUCAACAGCCAGUGAAGGCCUUUAUACCCGACCCACUCAAUCUACCCACAGCUUGACAACCACAUCAUCCGAAACGCCAGGCGAAGUAACAGGUCUCGGCAUUAUUCCCAAGUUUGGCUAUGACAUGACUCAAAACAUGAUGAGCAACAUUGAUAAAUUGUUUGCUGAGCGAGUCGACAUUUAUCGAUCCGUUGAUCCAACUCCAGUGGGUGUAUGUGCAGGUGUACUACGCAUGUUGCUAAAGGCGUUCCUGGAGACUGUACGACAAAUGCGUCUCAAGCAAUCGGAUUAUCAACAGCUGCAGCUGGAUGUCGAGUAUCUUCGAUUGAUGAUGUGGCCAUAUACACAGCAUGACAACAAAUGGAUGAGCUCUAUGCUGCAAGAAAUUAUCUCUGGUGCCCAUACACGGUGCGAGACACCUAAACCACUUAAUCCCGAGGAUGUGGAAAGCAUUUUAUCAUUAGUAGUACCAUCAUAA